AUGGAGCUGCGCCACAGAAAGGCGGGAAGGAAGGAUGAGAAGAUGCUGGAAGCAGAGGCGGUCCUUUGCCGCAUCUGCCAAGACUCCAGCGGCAAGCUGGUGCGCGCUUGCGGCUGCAAAGGCACUCUUGCAUAUGUCCACCCGGAGUGCCUGAUGCAGUGGCGGGCCUACUCACCCAAGGCCGCAACCGAGUGUGAGCUGUGCAACUGUUCAUACACUCUGCCUGGGCCUCUCGGUUGCGGCCAAACAUCAGCACUGACAUUGACGCUCGUCGCACUGUUGAUGAUAUGGAUGUCGUUGGCACGAGAUGUACUCGUUGUGAAUGGCUCGCUCCUGCCCGCAGCAAAGCACUGCAACGUCGGUGAGUUCACACCUCCUUGGCGCCGUGCACUGGUGAGCCUCUUCGAGGCUGCAGAUCUCGACCAGGAUGGUGCCAUGUCCUUGGAGGAAAUGCGAGCUCUGGCAAACCGCACUGGAGAAAAAGUCAGCGAUGCUGUUCUCGAGCUGGCGCUGAAACUCGCGGACCACAAUGAGAGAGGCCUCACGCUGCAAGGUCUCCGGCAGACCUACGAGCGCGACAGCGGCGCAGUGCUCUUGCAGGAUCCUUCUGGUGCCCAAGACCCCCUUCAAUUAAGGAAUAUAUUCUUUUUUAAUCAUAACCCCCUUCAAUUAAGGAAGAUAUUCUUGUUCAUCAUAACCCCUUAG